AUGGCUUUUUGGCCAUGGCCAUACCAUGGCGAAGCAGUGGCAGGGCCAGCGCUCGCCCUUUUGCUCCUCUGSCUUCCUGGCUGCUGCCCUCUGGCCCUCGCAGAUGCUUCUCCCCUUCUGCAGCCAGCACCCCUGCUGGUCACCUGCCUCGGUCCUCAUGGACACAUCUCACAAAGGCAUGAUGAGGAGCACUGGAUCUCCUGCUUGUGGAAUAAAACGAUGUAUCUGCAUUACCAGCCAGCCCCUGGAGCAGAGCUGCGGCCACAGCUGCCACCACAGUGCUCCUGGUACCUGAACUCAGCCUAUGUGAAAAAGACAUCUCGCUGGUCAGGGCAGCUUGUGCUGCAGGCAAGCCGUCUUCCAGGAAGAAGACCACCACCCACAGCCUCCAGCUCCAUUACUGUGCAGUGCUCAUCAGCUUCAUGUGCUGCUCCUGGGUGUCUUCAUCACAACUUGAGCAUUGAGAUGUGCAGGCAAGAUAUGCGCCUGUUUGUGCUUUGGCCACACRUUCACCUGAUCCACCCAGGGCAGCCAGUAGAGCUGGGCUGGUGUGCACGCCUGAAGAGUACAAAGUGGCAAUACCGUUUUACUAGCCACGGAGGCAACCCAUCUACCCUUCUCCUUUCCAGCAAUGAGCAUGAAGAAGCACUACCACCUUCUGCUUACCCAGGAGCUGAGGUGCAACAGAUCUGCGCAACCUAUUACAACUAUCGUUUAACUGUACACUAUGGGCACCGUGGGCUCCAUGUAGCUUCAGUCAGCAUUGAGCAGAUGCCGCACAUCAGCCGCAAGCUUUCUCUCAAAGUCGAGCCUAACUUGCAGCACAUUCUCAGUAUCAGCUCCAAGCUCCUUAGYGUUCCUCACCAGCCUAUUAGUCUCUCCUGGAGUCUUCAGACUCUUGCACUGAGGACAGUGGCCUACAGGCUGCUGGACACAAAGGGGACAGGAGGUUGGCUCACUUCCUAUAGUUCUCCUACUUUGCAGAGCAACUUCUGUGCUGUACCAUCUCUUCCGCAGCUUGGUGAGAUGCUGGUGGCGAGUCUCUACUUCCAUGUUGAUGGAAAGAACUUCAAAAACUUGACAGGAGAAUUACAUCUAGUCAAUGGUACACUGGGCAUAACUGCAGGUGGAGAAACUCUGACCUAUGUCAACCUUCAACCUGGCAAAAGCAAGACAGGCACUUACAUUUUGAGAUACAGCCACAGAACCUCUCAUACAAAGGGAGAAAACAUCCGUUCUGCAGAUGGCUCCAACACACGCUACGUGCUCUACCAGCACCAGGAGCUGUCCUACUUAUUCUCCGUUGAGUUUGUGAAAUUUCAUUGGUAUAAGGUCAAUAUCUACCUUUAUAUCAAUCAGAAGAGGUCUGUGGUAGACAGAGAUAUGGAAGUGCACAUUUUCAGCAGCAGGCCUUCCUUUCUGCACAACUUGAUUUAUUUAGUAUGGUUUAUUCCUGUACAGCAUCCCAUGCUACAGUGUGAGUGGACUUUCAAUCUGCAGGUAUUUGGCACAACGAGAGACUAUCUUGUUCAGAAUAACACCUAUACAUACCAUGAUCAUGUAAGUAAUGCCACACGUUUUGUCCGUCGUUCUGCUUUAUCAUUUGAUCCUGAAAAAUAUGCAGGGUUUGUGGCAAAAGUGAACUGUACAAGGAAUGGACUGGCACCUGCUCUUUUACAAGUCAGAGCAAAGAAUUAUGCCUCAAAAACCAUAGGACCACUGGUGGCUUGUCAGCAAAAACACAAAAGACUUGUAAAAGAUGCUGGGACAAACACGUCCACUUUGAACAUCAGGUUCCUGGCCGCCAAAGUAAUCGUUACACCCAACACUGUGGAUCUGGAAAAAUCUUUGAUAGCGGACAUACCUCAAAACCCUGUGACCCUUUUAACAGUUGUGGUCAUUUUUCUAACCUACCUUGUUUUGGCCCUCUGGGCCAUGAAAAAAGACAAGGCUGACAAAGUCACCAAGGACAAGAUUAUCGUUCUGCCAGACAAUGACCCCUUUGACAAAGUGUGCUUUUUAGUCACCUUAUACACAGGCAGUCGCUUCGGAGCCGGAACCACUGCAGAUGUUUUUCUUCAACUCAUUGGCCAGGAUGGCACAAGUGAUGUCCAUUGCUUACAACACCCACAUUUUCCAUCUUUCCAUCAGGGAAGCACAGAUACUUUUUUGUUAACUACAAAGAAAGACUUAGGAGAGAUUUGUGCCUUGAGGGUGUGGCACAAUAACCAAGGGCCUUCUCCAAGCUGGUUCCUAAGCAGAGCCAAAGUUGAAAACCUCUACACUAAGAAGAGCUGGUUCUUUCUUUGCCGCAGGUGGCUUGGUCUCGGCAAGGAUGACCACUUACUCGAAAGGACAUUUUUUGUCAUGAAUCCAAAAGCACAUCUGUGCAGAAUGGACUAUUUUUUGAUUAAUCUUGCUGAAAACCUGAUAGAUGGUCACCUAUGGUUCUCCAUUUUCGCUCAUACUAUCACUGGCACUUUCAGUAGGCUUCAAAGGCUAUCAUGCUGUUUGGCAAUAUUACUAUUAAACCUGCUUGUUAACAUUAUGUUMUUCAAUGCUGACAAAAGUGAAGAAUCCCCAUUACACUUGAGAUAUUUGAGAUCAAUAGCAGUAGGCGUUGAAAGUGCUUUGAUUACCAUACCUCUACAAAUGCUUAUAAUUGCCCUAUUUCGGUAUUCCCAGAAGGCACCUUCUUCCUGGGCAGUAACUGAGAAGAACCCAAAGAAAAUUCCAUCCAUCACCUCUCGAAAUCUUGAGAACUGGAAGGAACACUUAUCAAAACGGUGCCUCUCAGAAACUUCUGUACAGUCCAGAAAUACCAGUCUCUCGGAGAACUUGCCUGGUGCUAGCCAUUCACAGUGUCUCCAGAAUUACCAACAGAGAAGAAACAAAGAAACUUCCCAAACAUGGAGUAACUGCACAAUUUYUGAAAGAGAUGCAAAUGUAAUUGUAGCAGAGGAGACAGCAACAAAGGUUAUGGCUAGGCAAAGAAGACAAGCAUCAAAUUCCAAUUUUAACAAUAAUACCGCAUUAGAAGGGGACAACUUUCAGACGGAGAAGACAACACUAAGCAAUACCUCCACAUCCUUUCRCAAGAGACCACACAUAGUUUUGUGCUGGUGGUGYGUCUAUUUCUCCUGGGCAUUAAUUAUAGCUGCAGCUGGCCUAUCAUCAUUUUUCAUUGUAUUGUACGGCUUGUCUUAUGGCUAUCAGACCUCAUUAGAGUGGCUUUUAGCAUCUGCAAUCUCCUUUUUUGAGAAUGUGUUCCUUCUCCAAACCCUAAAAAUCAUAUUUUUGUCAGCUCUGAGUACUGUCCUUCCAAAAUAUUGUGAAAGUAUUGCAUGGUUAACUCAGGAAAAUUAUUCAGAAAUUAAGUUGGAUAAAACAAUGGAGAGUGCAGAUGAGAUGAGAGAAAGGCACUGCAAACUUGUUAAAAUCAGAGGCAGCAAGCAGUAUMAACCUUUAGAAGCUGAUGAGCUUGCAGCCAUUUUGAAAAAGGCAAAAACUAAAAAGAAAGUUCUUGUUUUUCUAAAGGAUAUCAUUAGUCACUUUGCAUUUUUAACACUUAUAUUAUAUCUUGCCUAUUCUACUGAGAACACCAAUAGUUUUUACUACAACCAAUUUAUUCACGAUCAGUUCUCUCCCAGACUUUCCAGUGUAGRUAAGCUAGAACAUAUUUACACAUGGGUGAAUGGUGUCUUCUUGCCUUUGCUCCACAAUGACAUUCAGCCAACCUUUCUUUCUGAUAGCUGCUCCAAAACCAUUGGAUUGCCUCGGRUGAGGCAAGUACGGGCUAAAGAUACAGAGAAAAAAUGUUUCCGUCCUGGCAGCUUUGUAAACAAAUACAUGAUCAGUAAAAGCCACUGCCUUCAUAACUAUGGCAGUGACACCCUCGAGAAAGGUGACUAUGCUGGCACUUGGAUAAAGACUGCSAAGGAAUAUGUUACAAAGGAUGCCAGCAGUUAUACUGGAUUUACUUACCAGCCAAACAAGACUCCRUGGGUAUAUUACUCCUAUGGAGAUUUGCACAUUUAUGGACCAGCAGGAUAUCCCUUUUACUUUUUCCCUGCAGAAGGGAGGCRAAAUUCAACAACAAGGCUGGAUAUUUUACAAAAGAGUAAUUGGCUCGAUGAAAAMACAUGGGCCGUGAUCAUUGAACUAACAACGUUUAAUCCAAAUGUAAAUCUGUUUUGCUGCAUCUCAGUGAUAUUUGAAGUUUCUUAUUUUGGGAUAGUAAAUUCUAGCUUGUCAGUACAUUCUUUUGAUGUCCCUAUUUUUCAUCAGCAAACAACAGCUCAAAUGGUUGUGUUUGUAAUUGUCCUUGUCUUUCUCUUCAUUUACAUUGCAGAUGAACUUCACACCAUAUGCCGACAAAAGAAAGAUUACAUUAAUAAUAUUUCCAAUAUAAUCAACUUAUGUUUAAAAUCAGUAUUAUUGCUUUUUGUUGUUUUAAAGGUCAUAAAGUUUAAGAUGGGAGCAGAUAUUGUGAAAUUUUACUUACUUCAUCCAAAUGAUUUCAUUCAYUUUCAUGCAGUCUCUCAUUUAGAUGAGUUUUUAAGGAUUGCUAUGGGAUUUUUAGCAUUCCUUACAAUUUUGAAAACCCUAAGGUAUUCCCGAUUCUUUUACGAUGUGCGCCUAGCACAAAGAUCGAUUUUGGCAGCUCUUCCUGGAAUCUCCUCCAUGGCCUUUAUAGUCCUUGUGUACUUCUUUGUAUUUAUGGCUUUUGGCUACCUUGUAUUUGGACAACAUGAAUGGAAUUACAAUAAUAUGAUUCACUCAGCUCAGACUGUAUUCUCUUACUGUGUCUCAGCUUUCAGAGACACUGAAUUUUCAUCCAACAGGUUGCUGGGAGGUCUUUUCUUAGCCUCAUUCAUGUUGAUGAUGAUCUGUGUCUUGAUUAACUUAUUCCAAGCUGUUAUUAUAUCAGCUUAUGAAGAGAUGAAACAACCUGUAUAUGAAGAACCAUGUGAUGAGGCAGAAGUGGUUACUUUUCUGAUAAAAAAGAUCAGAAAUGCAUGGUAUCUUAUGAUCCAUAAAACACCCAAAACUGGUGAUCCAGAUCUUCCAAGUAUUUUCUAUGGGCAGCCUCAGAGGAGACAUCACCRACAUUUAGGGCUCAAAAACAGAAAAAUAAAUGGGAAAAAAAUGGUUUAUCUAGUGAUAUGA